CCCAAAUGUACACAAGAGAAACGCAUAAUUUUAUUUCUUCCCUGAAGGUACUACGCCACGAGACGAAUUUGAACAAGCUAAUUGAAUUUCAUAUGGAGCAAAUUAUGACUUUCAAAAAUGCGUGUCGAAAGAUCGAGUCGACACUCCACGCUACUAAAUUCCUCACAAACCGUACAGACCCUACCAGCACAGUAGUACCUUUGUUCUAAACAGGAAGCGAGAAUUUUUUUCCUUUCAUAACUCUGUAUCUGUUUAGCAGUGAUCGUAAUAUGUGGACCCGGAUGACUUACUUCGUGUAGUAGAUAUAGAAGAAGUCCGAAUACAGGAGCGUCUGGAUUAU